AUGCAUUUUUCAAUAUGGAAGCCCCUAUAUCAGUGUGCUGCUCUGCUUUUAGACAAGAAGAGCAGCAGCAGCAAGAAGAGAGAUGGCUCAGAUUCCAGCCUUGACAUAAGGAAAUCGACAUCAAUUCUCCGAAAACUUCAAGAGAACAAGCUCAGGGAAGCUCUAGAGGAAGCAUCAGAAGAUGGAUCACUGUUUAAGUCCCAGGACAUUGAAGCUGAGACCAAUCAGGAUGAGGGUCUUGGACGGUCCAGAUCGCUUGCAAGGCUCCAUGCCCAGAGAGAGUUCCUCAGAGCCACUGCUCUUGCUGCUGAGCGGUAUUUCGAGUCUGAGGAUGACAUCCCUGAGGUGGAAGAAGCUCUGUCUAAGUUCCUCACUAUGUAUCCGAAGUACAAGUCUUCGGAGAAGAUUGAUCAGCUGAGGUUGGAUGAGUACUCGCAUUUAACUCCAAAGGUAUGCCUUGACUACUGUGGAUUUGGUCUUUUUUCGUACCUUCAGACAUUGCAUUAUUGGGAGUCUUCUACAUUUAGCUUGUCUGAGAUUACUGCAAACUUGAAUAAUCAUGCUCUUUAUGGUGGUGCUGAGAAAGGAACUGUGGAACAUGAUAUAAAGACUAGGAUUAUGGAUUAUUUGAACAUACCUGAGAAUGAAUAUGGUCUUGUGUUUACUGUGAGUAGAGGGUCUGCGUUUAAAUUGUUGGCCGAGUCGUACCCUUUUCACACAAACAAGAGGUUGCUAACCAUGUUUGAUUAUGAGAGCCAAUCUGUGAAUUGGAUGGCUCAGAGUGCCAGAGAGAAAGGUGCAAAGGUGUAUAGCGCGUGGUUUAAGUGGCCAACCUUGAAACUCUGCUCCACUGAUUUGAGAAAGCAGAUUUCGAGCAAGAAGAAGAGGAAGAAGGAUUCCGCAACUGGUCUUUUUGUGUUUCCGGUUCAGUCUAGAGUUACCGGGGCCAAAUAUUCUUACCAGUGGAUGGCACUGGCACAGCAGAACAAUUGGCAUGUCAUGCUUGAUGCUGGGUCAUUGGGUCCCAAGGACAUGGAUUCACUUGGGUUGUCCUUGUUCAGGCCUGAUUUUAUUGUCACAUCAUUUUACAGGGUUUUUGGGUUUGAUCCCACCGGAUUUGGGUGCCUUUUGAUUAAGAAAUCUGUAAUAGGAUGCCUUCAAAGUAACUCAGGGUCUACUGGUUCCGGUAUGGUGAAAAUUACCCCUGAAUACCCGAUGUAUUUGAGUGAUUCUGUAGAUGGUCUGGAUAAGUUGGCUGGAACUGAAGAUGAUGAAGUAGCUGGGGAUGCUGAGAAAAGUUCUGAUGCUCGCCAGGGAUCACAGAUGCCUGCCUUCUCUGGAGCAUACACGUCUGCUCAGGUGAGGGAUGUUUUUGAGACUGAGAUGGAACAUGAUAACAGCUCUGUCAUAGAUGUAACAAGUACCACCAUUUUUGAAGAAGCAGAGAGUAUGUCAGUUGGGGAGAUGAUGAAGAGCCCUAUUUUCAGUGAAGAUGAGUCAUCAGAUAAUUCCAUUUGGAUCGAUUUGGGUCAGAGCCCCAUGGGUUCCGACAAUGGAAGCCAGAUUUACAAACAGAAGAUUGCCUCUCCAUUGCCUCCUUUUUGGUUUCUUGGCAGGAAAAAUCAUAAGCAACUUUCCGCAAAACCUUCUUCUAAGAUAUAUGGCAGCCCCAUCUAUGAUGACAAAGAGAUAAACUCUGGGACACAUGAUGAUUCCCAUGUGCUGUCAUUUGACGCUGCUGUACUAUCAGUUUCUAUGGAAUUGGACUCUGUCAAGGAGGUCCCUGAAGAAGAACAAUUUGCAGAGACAAGCUCCAUCUCACAAAAUGGCAAAAGUGGUUCGGUUCAUAAUAGAGAGAUCCUGGAAGAAUGUGGCAGCAGCAAUUCAUUGCCUAAUGGGAGGGUGUUGAACUCUACAACGAAUGGUUUUUGUCACAACGAUUCAACUCCUACUUCUCGGCAUCAUAGACUAGAGAAUGGAUCAACCACUGAAAGUUGUGCAGAGAUAAGAGAGAGUGCCAUCAGAAGAGAAACUGAAGGUGAGUUUAGGUUGUUGGGGAGAAGAGAGGGGAGUAGAUUCACUAAUGGUAGACUAUUUGGUGUGGAAGAGAACGAGUCAUCAAACAAGGGGAGAAGGGUAUCCUUUAGUAUAGAAGAUAACCAUAAAGAUCAGGCAAGCCAAAAUUUUGAGACUGGAGAGAUAUCUGCAACUAGUCUGGAAGAUGAAGACUACACCAGUGAUGGGGAAUAUGCUGAUGGACAAGACUGGGACAGGAGGGAACCUGAGAUAACAUGCCGGCAUAUUGAUCAUGUUAAUAUGUUGGGCCUCAACAAGACCACCUCUCGACUACGAUUUUUGAUCAACUGGCUUGUGACCUCGUUGCUGCAAUUAAGGUUUCCUGGUUCUGAUGGAGACAACAGAAGGACUCUGGUACACAUAUAUGGCCCAAAAAUAAAAUACGAGAGGGGUGCAGCUGUUGCUUUCAAUUUGAGAGACCGAAGUAGAGGCCUAAUCAACCCAGAAGUUGUUCAGAAGCUGGCUGAAAAAGAAGGCAUCUGUCUUGGCAUCGGUUUUCUCAGUCACAUAAGAAUCCUAGAUAGCCCAAGACAGCAACAUGGUGCUGUGCAUCUUCAAGAUACAACCCUGUGCAGGCCAAUGGAAAAUGGCAGAAAGGAUAAAAAAGGCGGGUUUGUGCGAGUUGAAGUUGUAACAGCUUCUCUGGGUUUCCUCACCAACUUUGAGGAUGUGUACAAGUUAUGGGCUUUUGUGGCGAAGUUUCUAAAUCCAACCUUUAUCAGAGAGGGUGGGCUACCUACUGUUGAAGAGGAAUCUGAGAUAAAAUCUGAAACAUCUGUCACUGAUUCCGUUCCAAUCUGAGAUAUAUAUUUUUAUAUUAAUCCGAAGCGGAAAAUUAUUUGGAGGUCUUGGCGGGAUGUCUGUGCAGAUGGAUUCAAAGCCAGAAGGAGAAAGGCUGUUGAUGUUUGGAUUCUUUUGUUCUUGUUCAAAAGACUCACUCUGGGUCUCAGGUGGAUGAAUUUGUUGAUUCAUGUCUACUAUAGCUCUUUAUUUUCCUUUUUCACCUUUUGGGUUCUUGUAGAGUUUGCUUAGAAAUUUGUAUCAUCUUGACAAAUGGUAGAACAUAAGCAGAAUUGUGGUUGGAACGAUUCCUAUUACUGGCAUUCUGCUCAUGCUGUAGCUCAUUUCUUGUAAUUAAAAUUCAGAAGUUCCCACUUUUACUUUUUC